AGAGGAGAGAGAGCGAGAGAGAGCACCAAGCAACGGGAACCUGAGACGCGCGUCCUCUGACAGAGCGCACGCACGGGAACUUUGGCGAUUUGACGGUGAAAGCGAUGGAAACGUCCUGAAGAUGAUCUUCAGUCCUUGAUGGUGGAUUCAUGUAUCGACUCAUUCAGCUAUGCUGUCCCUUCGCUCGUCUCCUUAUAGAUUGCUGAUCCCUGUCCCCUUCUUAAGUUCUUCUGCUCUGCUUUCUCUUGUUUUAUGAUUGAACACUCGAGUCCGUUUGAAGAAAACCAGGACGCAUUGUUUUCAGUCUCCAUACUAUAAAGGACUUCCAGCUCGCGAAGGAUUCGUGAUGUAUUCCUCACAUCGCUCCUUAUUCCUAUUGCUGUUGAGUUUGCUCUCGGCUGGAGCUCAGACCGAGAUGAAGCGGGUUGUUGGAGACAACGCCACGUUGCCUUGCCAUCAUCAGUUCUGGCAGUCGAAUGGGCAGACAUUGGACAUUGAAUGGCUUCUACAGAAACCUAACGUCAAACAGCGUGUGAUCAUCACAUUCUUCAACAAUGAGGUCUACACCAAUGACAACCCUGCCAGUCGGCUGUCUUUCGCAGGCGACUACCUCAACGGAGACGCCUCUCUUCUGAUCGGCGAUCUGCAGCUGACGGACUCCGGUGAAUACCACUGCAAGGUCAAAACAGGUGGUAAAUACCACUGGAGCCAAGUCAACCUCAUUGUGCUGGUGAAACCAUCUAAGCCCCGGUGCUGGAUGGAGGGUAGGCUGCUAGAAGGCAGUGAUGUCAAACUGAGCUGCAAGUCUUCUGAUGGGUCAGACCCCAUCCGUUACAAAUGGGAUAGAGUCCUGGAUAAAGGCAAGAGUUUGGGGAAACUCCCCCCUCUCUCCCUCAUUGAUUUGAAGAACCCAGAGGUUGUGACCUUGAGGAACUUGACACAGGACAGCUCAGGGGUCUACAAGUGCACCGCCAGCAAUGACGUAGGGGAGGAGAACUGCAUCAUCGAGGUGACAAUGCAAUAUGUGAGGGGUAUGGGUGUGGUGGCUGGUGCAGUGGUUGGCGUUUCGUUCGGCGUCCUGCUCCUCAUUCUCAUCAUCUGGCUUGUCUUCCGCAAAAAGGAGAAAAAGAAAUAUGAAGAGGAGGAGACUCCUAAUGAGAUUAGGGAAGAUGCAGAAGCCCCUAAAGCCAAACUGGUGAAGCCCAACUCCCUUUCUUCAUCCCGCUCUGGUAGCUCACGCUCUGGUGCAUCCUCUACGCAGUCCAUGGUGCACAACAGCGCCCCCCGAAACCAACGUCCACGGCCACCCGCCGUCGUUGCCCUCAAGGAAAAUGGACAACCCCACAGCUUUCCCCAGUCUCCCCCGGCCUACACGCAGGUGGUGCCCAAGACCCCAGAACCCCCUGGCACCCCAAAAUUCAGACCCCCUAACCCUUCAGUAAACAUGACCAUUCCUGCAGGAGUCAUGGCGCCCGCUCAAAGCAAGGCCUUCCAGACAGUGUAAAGACAGUGUAGAGGAAACCCAACCUAUAUGGGAAACCCACAGUGACUCUUCCAAAAGUUGCACCUACGACACAAACAUACUAUAAAAAACUAUAAAAUAAAAGCAUAAAUAAGUAUGUAAUUCAAAAUAAAAUCAAUCAUAUUAAAGCUAAAAAGUUGAAUGCAUAUUUACAAAGAGGAAUAUACAAACGUGCUUGCCCCCUUCUGAAGUAUUAAAAUAAGAGAGGAAAAUGUUUAGUCUGGUUUUUCCUUGGUUCGCUCUCUUUCUUUUGAUCACACGGCGCAAGCAGGCCUUUUUUCACUUUUUUUUUGAUUUCUUAAAGCUUUGGAAGCGUUGUGGGCAGUGGGGUGGAAUGAUUUCCCCAAGUGCAGUUUAUUUAUUUAUUGAAUCAAAGAGGCUAAAGGACCAAGUGCAGGCUGGGUUUAUGAAACACGAUGUAGAGGCGAUAAAGGAACGGCCAGAUCUCCAUCUAAAGAGAAAGGAUAUUAUCUGAUCGCUGCUUGUUGCUGAUAGGAAUAUAUAACCUGUUCAUACUUCCACGAAAUUCCUAUCCAUCGUUUCCCAGAAUGCACUGCAAACGUUGGCCCCGGCCCCGGUAACCACUAAAAAGGGGGACACAUGGAGUGGCUGGAAAAAAUGACUUGAAAUGAGACUUGACACAGAAAGACUCGGACACUUCAAUAAAUUCGCUAAUUGGUUGCACCACUUUGCCUGCAGUACUAUAGUGCGCUAGUGUUGUGCUCUUCCAUGCAUACUUAAUUUAGGUCAUUGUCAUAGUUUUAAUAGCAAACGCACUUGCUUUCGGCCGAGUUUUAGAGUGCACAUUAUUCAGAAUUCAAUUAUGUUUGGCAAUCAUGGCAUCAUUACCAUUUGUGUGAUAAUCAAAUGAUGGAGAAGAGCAUUAUUAUUAUUAUUGGCAUAUAUAGACCUGCCAUAUAGUGUACAUUUAUUAUUUGGUGGUGCGAUGCUGUACAGUCCCAGUAAAACAUUAAAGUGGAGGACUCCUGCACUGUGCAAAAUGUAUGCACCCCUUUUUUGCGGGGAGGGGGCAGGUAUGUUCUGUUACCUUAUUUGCAUUAUUACUUAAGUGAAUGGUGGUAAGCAAAGCAGGCAGCACAUGCUAAAUACACCGAUCUGUACUCUUUCACACUCAUAUAAGUAUUUGCAGUCAAAUUUGUGUAUAGUAUAAAGUGCAAGGUUUGGGUUUGAACUCAUUGGAAAGCUUUGCUUCAGUUUGUAUUUGUUACAGCUUUAAUUUCAACCAAAAUCUGUCAUGAAUACUAUGAAUGUUUUCUUAAGACGAAUUUGUUUUUAUUCAUUUUUGUAUUCUUUAUACCCAGCAGUCAUACAUGAUAACAUAUGAGGCACAAGUAACUUUUAAAUAUAAUCUCACAAUACUGUGGACACUUAAAAGAAAAUGACAUAACAGGGACUUCUCUACUGAACACUUCUGCAUCCUAGUUGGGAGGCCGGUGUGGGUUUGCUUACAGUAUACUCUAAAAACAAACGGUGCUAUAUAGCACCAAAAGUGGUUCUUUGCUCGUAAUCAUAGAAGAACCAUUUUUAGUGCCAUAUAGCACCGGUGAAGCACCUGUGUAAAACCAUAUAGGGGCCAUAUAGCACCACAUAUGAUUCUACAUAGCACUAUAUGGUUCUACACAGGUGCUUCACCGGUGCUAUAUGGCACUAAAAAUGGUUCUUCUAUGAUUACGAGCAAAGAACCACUUUUGGUGCUAUAUAGCACCAUUUGUUUUCAGAGUGACACUAUGGUACCGUCUCAAGAUGGUUGCCUUUUUGUGUCAGACGGCCCGCAGCUUCCACCGCCAAGCUCUGUCAAGAACUUUCUCUAUUAGCCGUGUAUCCGAACCCCCGGGAAGACCGUGCAUGGUGCAUUUUUGAGACUUGAAAUAGACAAGUUGCCUGUUUUGUGUGCCUUCGCAGAAACGUCUACCCCUGAGAUUUGUUUUCUUCACACAAUGGAUGUGCUGGGAGCCUCUGAAGUCCUGUCGGUGCAGGAAGAACGCUCUGACACAAAGAGGCAGUCAUAUACAGCCACACAAAUAAUGUAUACUCUGUAGUCAUGAUGAUGUUUUAUAUUGUACAUACAGAUAAAUAUAUGCACACUAUAUCCUUUAAGUUAUCGUUUGAAGAUUGGAGUUAUAGGCCAUAAUAAAGCUGUUGUUGAGGUAUUAUGCAUUUUCUCAAAGUGAUCGUACCCGCUAACCUCCCUUUAAUAAAUAAAUAAUUUCCUUCUUAAUGGCUACUUAUAUAUCCACCAUAUUUAAGAAAGCAAAGCCAUAAGGGAGCAAGUAUUACAUAAUGCAAUUACUCAAAAAUAAGUGUUUUGGGCCUUCACAUUUGCUACCAAAUUUUUCAUGCCGAAGCAAAAUUAACCUGGUUAUUAUUCUUACUUUUAUAAUGCAAAACACUGCUUCUGCCAAUUGCCAACUUACCCUAAAAUUGCCUUUAUUCUACAUACAUGCAUGGGCUGACCCAGACUCAUAAAUAAAGACACGUUUUCUACAGACACAUAUUUCAGGAGCGACUGGGUGGACUGCUAUCACUAAGUAUGAAGGAUGGCCUGUCACAUAGAGUGAGGAGUGAACAAUGGGAAACGUAAGGGUAGGGAACACAGGCGGAGUUGUCCGGUUCCAAACCUCACAGAGGUUUUCCUGUAUCCUUACGUCCAAACAAACCAGGUGAUUGCGUGCUUUCCCCAAACCCUUGCAGGAUCAGUAACUCUUGGGUUAAGUACUGAAACACUGGCUCUGUUCUUAAACAUAGUGAGCUGCCUAUACACAGCUGGCUUAAUAAAACAAGACUCAGAGAAGACAAAAAAUGGUAAAGAUUGACAUGUCGUGUAACAAUUGGUACUGAAACUGAUUUAAAAUAAUUCCUAACAUUUAUCUGGCCAAAUGAAAGGUGUAUUACCUUUUCAAAUAUUUAAAGCAUGAUUCCUUCAAAUACGUAGGCAGCUCCCUACAGUUUGGAACACAGCCCAUUGUCUUGCUUUUUUGGGCAGCCGUUCAACCCAUCCUCCGGUUGUUUCGCUUCUUUGUUUCAGGUCAUUUAUUUAAUCUUAUUUGGCAAAAAGUCAAGCCUGGUCCAUUUUGGUGCCUGCUGGACAGUUUGGUGGCUUUCAUUAUUACUUUAUACGGCUAAAGAGCCAUCUUGCUACAGCAUUUAGAUACUAAUGGAGAAUACGCUCCCAUAAAGCCACCAGUACAUUUUGAUGUGGUGCUCACAUUGCGAUCUGAGUUCGGAUGAGCGUUCAAAGUACUUGACUGUAUAGCCUUUAUUUAUUCAUUGUUAUCCAACAUGGUUGCUAUCAAACAGGUGUCUCAAAAUAGCUUCUUUAACUUAUCAUGGAAACUGUAACAGUGUGUGUAAAAGGAAAUUUAAAGGGUAAAAGGGAUUGCAUGUUAUGGCCUACAGAUCAGAUAUCGGGAAUGCUUUGCUUCUGUGUUCAUACAGGUACCUGUAUACAGCUGAAUAUAUAAGUGUAAAUAUGUCUAUCAUCUCUAUAAGUUCGGAUUUUUACUUUUUUGUUUUACUGUUUUUUUUUUUAUUUUUUGAGCUGGUGACCCCGUUUGCCUGAGAGUCUCCAUCUGGUUAGAAGAAAGAAAAAUGAUCUUUCUCUUAUGAGUUUUGUAAACCAGUCUGUUCAUUUUGAAAAGAUCCAUUCUUGUAAAUAUGUCCCUCUACAAGUAAAAAAUUGUAUAUUUUUACGGACUCUGAGUUAAUAAUACUUCAUUUGCAAAUAAAAUGACAAGUUAACGACAA